AUGUCUUUCUAUAACCAGAUACCAUUAGGGUUGGGUUCAACCAAAACGAAUUGCUUCCUUAUUUUAUCACUCUUAAUCAUUGUCCAUAUCCACGUAGUCUUAGCGGUCGAAUCUAGAAUCUUCAUCGAUCUAGACCCCCCUGAUGAAAUAGUCGAAGAAGCGGCAAAUGGGGAAAGUCCAUCCAGCGUGGUAGAGUGUCACCCGCGAUAUUUAUCUCCAUUACCACUGUUUCCGACCUCAGCGAGUCCUCACCUGGAGGAGAGCGUCAUUUCCCAUCCAGCACAUUCCCCGGAGACUACACCGCCAGAAGCUUCGAGUAGUUUGAGUCUUUCCCUGUCUGAUGGAUUUGGAUUAGGUAGAAAACGGCCCCAAACUGAGAAAAAAGGCUCUCAAAGAGAAGAAGAAUUCCAACAGCCUGCUCCGAAAAGACUUUCUUUGGGACUAGAUUUAUCCUUGGGUCAUUCCCGAAACAUUGAUCCUCAGCCCCACGAUGAAGGUCUAUCAGUGCACACAUCAGAGGAACAGCAACAUGAAAUGAAUGCCCCAAAAGAUCUCCACGAAGAAAAUGCAGUGCUUAAAAACCAGGGUCAUUGGCUUCUGAGUAAGAAUAAACAUGAAAAAGGUGCGGCAAGUUUGACCGGUUCAACUCUUAUGGGUACGGAAAAAGUAGUCAGAAAAUUUGAACCCGGGGGUGUCAGUGAAGCUUUUUGGGCUUGGGUUUGGGUAAUUUGGGAACACGUUGGAAAAUCAGCAACUUGGGAAGUAGAAAGUUACCUCGAACCUUCAAUGGAGGAUUUAAAAUCUUGGUGUUUUCGCCCAAAUUCCUUAUAUCCGUAUCCAAACAUAAAAAAAGUGGGAGAAACUUCUGAUAGCAAUUGGCAACAUGAUCAAAUCAACCUCUUUGCUUCCUUAUUGUGGGCUGUGAAUAGUAGGGUGCUUGAAAUCAUCGGGGUUGGGCACCUCAAUCUUGUUCAACCAGGCGGUCAUUUUGAAAAAUUCAGUGCAUAUUAUUUUGGAGAACAGAGCGCUAUGAUCAAAUGGUUUUUUGGGUUUAUGAAGCUUUUCAACAAUCCCGACGCAAGUGCCCCGGUGAAUCACAAAGAUACUUACGAUUUUCUGAUAGCUAAAAAAGGAAAAAUGAUUUACGAAAAGAUCUUGAGAGCUCUUCAUUCUAUUUCCGACAAAAGAUGCCAUCAGACCUUCCGGCCGAAAUAUUCAAAGGAUUAUUUCUUCACUUUGGAAAAAGAAUUACUGAUGAGUGAAGCGGUCAUAUACCUACUGGGAUUUUACUACAAAAAUACAAACUUCCAAAAAUGGAAAUAUGCUUUCAAAGGACAAGACAUGGACUUUGUGACUAAACUGGAAAACCUGGGAGAAUUCUGGAAAGACAGGGAGAUGUGGUUUUUCCCACUUGAACACAAUUUAGUACCCUGGAAGAAUCCAUGCACACAAGACCUACCAUGGAUUGGUCUUAGUCAUUUCCAUAUCCAUCAGUUCAAUUUCAUGCACCACAUCCAACCAAUUCAUCUUACCAAGCCAAUUGCAAAUCUGUGGAAGAUAGGUGACAGCGAAAAAUUCCGUAUCUCAAACUGGUUUACUUUGGAUAGUGUGCCAGACCUUCAAGCUAGAUUGAAAAUUAUCUCAAAUCUCAACCCAUUAGGACAAAUCGAACUGAUGCCAGAAAUGCAACCCGAUUCCAGAUUGAUUCGAAUUACUGAAGACUAUCUUUCAAGCUUGCAGAGUGAUCCUUCAAAUAAACAUUCAGUGAUUCCAUACUUCAAUCGAUGGGUUGCGAAAUUUACCAAGAAGAUUUUUUGA